AGCUGUGAUGAUGUUUAGCAGGGAUCAAGUUUAGCUCCAAGAGGGGAGCAAACGUGACUGCCAGUGCGGUCAUCCUUUGGCGGGUGCUUUCUUCCGACGCCAUGGCAAAGAGCUUCCGUGCGUGUUGGAUUGAAAAGGCGGGCGCCAGUGUGCAGGCCGCAGUGAAAGACAUCCCCUUUGAGGAGCUCACUGCAGGCGAUGACUAUGUGCGUGUGAAAGUGGAGUUCUCCGGACUGAACUACAAGGAUGGCAUGGCGAUCUGUGGCAUCUACGGCGUGGUUGAAACACUGCCGCUCAUCACGGGUAUCGACUUCGUGGGGAUCGUCGAUGAGACCAAAGCGGGCUUUCAGAAGGGCGACAAGGUCAUUAUGACUGGGUGGGAGAUGGGGCAGAAGUUUCACGGUGGACAUGCUGAAUUUGCCAGCGUGAAGGCUGAAUGGCUGGUGCCUCUACCCCCUGAGCUCUCAGCGAUCGAUGCCAUGACGAUCGGCACGGCGGGCUUCACGGCGGCCUUGUGUGUCAGAGCCUUGGAGGAGAGUGGCUAUGACCGGAGCAAGCCCAUCCUCGUCACAGGUGCCGACGGCGGCGUCGGGUCGGUCGCCAUCUACCUGCUGAACCGCAAGGGCUGCCGCGUCGCGGCGUGUACCCGCUUCAAGGACACUGAGCAGCGCCUCCGCGCUCUGGGCGCCACCGAGAUCGUGGGCGCGCUGCCCACCGACAGCAAGGCGCUGGACGAGCAGCUCUGGGGCGGCGCCAUCGACGUGGUCGGAGGCCCGACGAUCCCUACCAUUGCCUCGCAGAUGGUCUACGGUUGCACGUUGGCCAGCUGUGGGGUGGCUGGCGGCCCUGCCAUCAAGACCACCGUGUACCCCUUCAUCAUUCGAGGUGUCAAGCUGUACGGAGUUGAUUCAGUCUUUGCUCCAACAGAGGUGCGGAAGGCUGUUUGGCAAGACUUGGCCAAGGUGCCGAAGGACAUCUGGCAGAACAUGCGCACUGAGGUGGCGUUGGAGGACCUCCACGAGGCGGCGCAGCGGAUUCUGGCGGGGCAGAUCCGCGGGCGCGUGGUGGUGAACCUGGCGCUCCGAACGCCUCAACUGGUCGUGGAGAAGGAGGAAGAGGAUCUGGAAGCCUUAAGACGGCAGACCCUAGAGCUCCGGAAGAGCCUCACCACCAAGUCUAAGAUCGUUUCCGCCGAGCAGGCGGCGAGCUGCAUUCUGGACGGGGACUCUGUGACCUCCGCGGGCUUUGUCGCAGCCAUGCCAUGUGAUGCCUUGAUCACCGCCUUACGGAAGCGCUAUGAUAAGACAAAGCAUCCUCGGGAUCUGGAGAUGGUCUUCUCCAUCAUUGUGGGCGAUCGUGAAGGGAGAGGUACAGAGCCCUUGACCCCUAUGGUCUCCAGGGCCGUCUUCGGUUGGACCGACGUUUGUCCAGCCUUUACGAACGCCGUCUUGAGCGGAAAGAUUGAAGCCUAUAACCUGCCAAUGGGUCAGAUCUCUCACAUGAUCCGAAGCUCAGCCAAUGGUGCCCCAGGACACCUUUCCAAGGUGGGUUUGCAUACCUUCGCUGACCCGCGGAAGGGCGGUGGCAAGCGGAAUAAGCAGACCACCAAAGAUUUGGUGAAGUUGCAGGUCUUGGAUGGAGAGGAAUAUAUUUUUUAUCCUGCGCCCAAGAUCACCGUGGCCUUGCUGCGGGGUUCCCUGGCCGAUGAGGCUGGCAACAUCUCCUUCGAACACGAGCCAUUGCUUUUGGACUCUUUAAACCAAGCGAUGGCGGCGAAGAAGAAUGGCGGUUUAGUCAUCGUCCAGGUGCAGCGUGUGGUGCCUUCAGGAAGCCUGGAUCAUCGAAGGGUUCACAUCCCUGGAAUGUUAGUGGAUAUGGUGGUGGUGGCUGGCAAAGAGCAUUCUGCGGUGACUUAUGCGCCAGCAGAUCAAGAGUACGAUCCCACCUUGUCCGGAGAGAUGAAACCCUUGCGCUCCCACCUGGAGCAACUCCCAUGGGAAGGUCCCAGAAAUGCAUGCCAGAAGCGUGUGAUGGCACAUCGAGCACUCUUUGAGGUCAAAAAGCCCAGGGCAGUGCUCAACUUUGGUGUGGGAUCUCCUGAGUUCGUGGCCACCAUGAUGGCCAGCCAUGGCCAUCAGAACCCCGAGCUUCAUGGUUUCAUGUCGACCGUGGAGAGCGGCGUUUGGGGCGGCGUGCCCCAGGGCGGCUUCCGCUUCGGCACCAGCGUCGGCUACGAGGCCUUGGUCCCCACGAGCACCAUGAUGGACUUCUACCUGGGCGGCGGCAUUGACGUCGCCUUCCUGGGAGUGGGCGAGGUGGAUCCUCAGGGCAACGUCAACGUCUCCAACUUCGCGGGGCGUGUGCCUGGCGUCGGUGGCUUCGCAGACAUCUCAGCCAAUGCGAAGACCUUAGUCUUCACCACGACCUUGACUUGUGGCAAUUUAGUCACGAAGGUGGAGGAUGGGAAGCUCAUCAUUGUACAGGAGGGCUCCAUCCAGAAAUUUAAACGAAAGAUCGACGAGGUCACGUUCCCCAGUGCCUCCCAGGGCAGCCGACGGAUUGUCUUCGUCACCGAACGCUGUGUCAUGGAGCUUCGGCAGCAGCGGCUGCUCUUGACGGAGCUCGCGGCCGGCAUGCGCCUUGAGGACGUCUUCAACAAUAUGGAGUUUAAGCCUGAUGUUGCUGACCAAGUGGGCACCUACGACCCGCGCAUCUUUCAGCGGUAGGUGCUGUUCAGCCUGGUCAGAAUCGGUGUGUUUUCCCCAGAACGGGUUCACUGU